AUGCUCAAGGCCAUCUCAGGUCUCGCGGGCACUUCUGGGAUCAAGUCGCAGUACAUCAUCGAUGAGCAAGCACCGACAUUCAAAGCGGGCGCCUGGCAGGUCCAGGAUGCGACGCGCAAAUCAACAGGACAAGUCGUCAGUGUCCUCACGUUUACAAAGAGCUCGCUCAGUCAACCGCUACCACGAGCCUCUGGCGGCGGCUCUUCUCUCAGGCAAGCGACAGAACGCAUCGUGCAGCAAUUGAAAGCUGAAGUCGCAUGUCUUGCAAGAUUACGCCAUCCUGCCCUCUUGGAAGUGGUAGAGCCUAUUGAAGAGACGCGCGGGUCACUCCUUUUUGUCACGGAACGCGUCUCUGGCUGUCUUGGCAUGCAGGUCUAUGAAGACGAUGACGCGAGUUUCGGCAGCAGUGGACGGCGGCAUCGCGGGAGUGAGUCGAGUCGUUUGGAUGAGGUGGAGAUCCAAAAGGGACUCUUACAGCUGACGAUUGGCUUGGAGUUUCUACAGUCUGUUGCUGGAAUUGUGCACGGCAACUUGGUACCUGAUGCCGUCUUCAUCAAUGCCAAGGGUGACUGGAAGCUGGGUGGCUUCAGCUUUGCCGUGGCAGUAAAAGAAGCAGCGACGUAUGAGCCGCCAGAGCAGGACACACGUCUACCAAAGACUGUACAACGCAACCUCGACUAUGCAGCGCCAGAGUUCAUCCUCGAUGACCAAAUUGAUCCGCUCAACGACAUGUUCUCGCUUGGUUGUCUCAUCUGUGCGCUUGUCUCUACCAAGCGGCAGAGUAUCAUUCAAAGUCAUCAAAAUAUCCAUCAGUAUCGCAAAGCGAUAGAGCGUCUGAGUGUCGACGCACUCUCAGGUGUACCGCCGUACCUGAAGCAGAUUCUACCACAGCUUCUGACGAGACGGCCAGGCAACAGACUCUCUGCCAAUGCCUUCCAGUCAUCACCCUUUUUUGACAACAUCCUCAUGAAGUCGAUUCGCUUCCUUGAUGCAUUCCCGGAAAAGACGGCGUCUGAGCGACAGAGCUUCAUGAAGGGCCUACAAGGCAUCAUUCCUCAGUUCCCGCCUCGUGUCUUGACAAAAAAGAUACUGCCUGGUAUUAUGGAUCAGUUCAAGGACGUCUCAUUAUUGCCACUUAUCCUGCCCAACGUCUUCCUGAUUGGAGAGGGCAUGACGCCGAAAGUCUUUUCUGAAGCAGUGCUGCCUCGUCUCAAACAGCUCUUUACCUUGUCAGAAUCGCCUGGCUCACUGAGCUUCCUUCUUGAUAAGGUGCCUUUCCUCAAAUCCAAGAUUACAGCAUACGAACUCAAGGAAGAUGUCAUGACGAUUGUCUACACUGCCCUUGCUGGGGAUGUCCAAUAUCUACAGGAGAAGGCCUUGAAAGUAUCUGUUGAAAUCUUGCAAGACUUGGAUCUCGUCACCGUCAAGACAACCCUCUUUCCGAAAGUGGCAGAGGUCUUUUCACACACCACCAUGCUGGGUACCAAGGUUACGGCUCUCGAGACGUUCAAUGCAAUGGUUCAACAUAACCUGGACAAGUACACCAUCACAAAGAAAUUACUGCCAUUGAUCAAGGCCAUGAAGACAAAGGAGCCCGAUGUCAGUAUGGCGGCAUUAAAGCUGAGCAAGUCUUGCGGGACACGCAUUGAUCAUGAGAAUAUUGCACUCGAUAUCCUGCCUCAGCUCUGGUCCAUGGCGCUUGGUCCACUCUUAUCACAAACGCAAUUCAAGCAAUUCAUGUCAGUCAUCAAAUUAUUGUCGGAACGCGUCGAGCAAGAACAAGUCAAGAAGUUGACGGAUUCA